AAAUCAACUGAUGUGUCGGCAAUCUUCCUGAUUCAAGAAGAAAGUUUCUCAUUGAAAAAGUCGACAGUGAUUGCAAAGGGUGAUUAUUCAGACAUCUUCGAGACAUUUAAUGUGUUUCACUUGUCCAAUAUUUGGUAUUUCCAGAUAAAUAAUGAUGAUCCGGUAGGUCUGUUAAUAUUUUUCACAAUUAGGUCUAACGAUUAUUGUAGUUCUAAUAACCAAUCUCAUCUGUCAGUCUUGUUGCUGUUGCUCACCGGAGCUGCCCAAGACUGAACUGAUCGAUCAAUAAUAAGACAGGUUGCAGGUUGACUUCCCAUAUAUUCUGGUCGCAAUUCAGCUCUAAAACCCUAAAAAAUUAAUGCCUCGACUAAAGUAUUCGACUCAUCGUGAUAACAUGGAUGAUACAAGAGAUUCUUUCAGUGAUAUAUCCGUGGUGGACGUGUAUGACAUUGCCUCAGAUAUAGGAAAAGAGUGCGAGAAAAUUAUCGAUCUUUACGGAACAACUGCCGUCACUGGACUAAUGCCCAGAGUAAUAACAGCUCUGGAACUUUUAGAACAGCUAGCAACCAGAAACGAAACAGAAAACGCCCAGCUUUUAGAGCUGCAAAACAAAGUUUCUCUGCUGGAAAAUGACAAGAUUGAAAAGGCUGAAUACAGGGCCAAAUUCGAACGGGAUCUUGAAGCCAUAGAAGAACAAUGGCGCAAGGAUAGUAAUGAACUCUAUAAUGUCAUAGCUAAGCUUCAAGAGGAAAACAGACGUCUUCUUAAAGUACAGACCAGCAGCAGUCCAAAUGAUAAGGAAAACGAGGUUGAAACUUCAGAGAAUCCUGGCAAUGGCGAAAUACUGCAACAAAUGAAAGACACCAUAGAAAAGCAAAGGGACGAAAUUCGCUCUAAAGAUAGGCAGAUCCAGGAAAAAAUUAAUGAAAUUGACAAUAUGAAAUCCAACUAUGAACGGCUUCAAGCUUCAACAAGGGACGCAAAAAGAAAACACAAGAAUCUUCAGACCCAGGUUAGGAACCUUUGUGAGGAGAGGGCAGAUUUUCUGGUUCAGAUACAAGAUCAACAACGUGGUAUCAAUGGAUUGAAACAGCGGUUAGGUUUGGCAGAAAAGGAGAACGAGGAUUUGAGCAAAAUGGACCUCCCUCUACCUUCAAACGUUGCAGUGUUCGAUCUGGAUGAUCCCAAUAGGCCUAGGUUCACUACCGAAGAACUCAAAGACAUUCUUAAUGAAAGAAAUGAUUUGAAAGCUCGUGUCAGUGACCUAGAGGAUGAAUUGGAGACUUAUAGACCCAAACCAAAGCCAGAGUCAGGUAUGAAGAAAAUUGUAAAUAGUAUUGAAAACGCCUGUGAUAGUUUACUCAAUACAUUUCAAAUGUCUAAACCUAGUGUUCCAACAUACUCGUCUAGUCCACCUGUUGAAGAUGAUGCACCUGUGCAAGGCCCUAUACCACUUGAACCUGACGAUGCACCAUGGAAGAAGUCUGAAUCAGGGAUAAGGAAGUUGUUCUGUAAUUUUAAAACGAGGGAAAAUAGAAAAAAAUGUUUUUUUGGAAGAGGCCUUGACAAGAUAAAUCGACUUAAGCAAAAUUAUCUCAAUAAAUCGACAGUUUUCGGAAAUUAUUUGCCGAGGGGGGCAGCGGCAGUGGAAGUUUUCCAAGGCGUAGCAUGUCACCUCUCUCAAAGGUGUCUCUCUCAACUACUAAUGACCCAGUGCCCCUCUAAUUUACCGAAUGCAGCACACAGUUCAAUGUUCUACAUAGAUCUGACAGGCGAUGUUUGGUUUACCUAAAUUUAAAAUUUAGGUGGAUUUUCAUAUUAUUUCUGUGAUUUUUUUUUUUGUAUUAUUCUUUCAGAGUCAUUAUCUGAUGCUUUAAUAUAACUAAUAAUUUAUUUAUUUUAAUAUUAAUGAUAAGUCAAAAUUUAUUUUAAUUUUAUAUUUUACAAACCUUAUUGAGAAAAUAUUAUAUUGGAAUAGAAAUGAGAGUUUUAUAUCAAAGUGUGAACUCAAGUGAAUAUUAAAGGGAGCAGUAGGGAUGCAGGGUGAGCGAAUAAAUAUGAAAUGACGAAGAUUUAAAGAAUUAAGUGUUAGACCUUGGUUAUAACAAAUACUGCUUGAACAAACUAAGUUAAAGCAUGAUCUUCCAAUGAUUCGAAAAUUGUCACAUAAUCACUAUGUAAGAAGUAGUUUCAAAGUCUAUGAUGCAGAUCUUAAUUUUGAAUUGGCUUAAAAAAAUUUUGAAUAUUUUACAAUAUGACCAAAAAGUAUUUUAUUUAAAAAAAGACAAGAUCAUGUCUUAUAGACUUGAAAGGCUUGAACUGCCACAUUAGCUUAGUUCUUCUUAUGAAUACAAUUUAAGAAGCUUUAUUUUAUAUUCUCUAGAUGAUUAAUGUACCAUACAAUAUUAAACAUUACAACUAAAGCUGAAAUAAACAGCCUUGACUUGUAAUGUGAUAUCAUUUGGAUAGAAUAGAUAUAUCAAAAAAGCUAAAAUGGUUUUGAAUUCUUAUGCACAUUAUUAUAGUUCAAUUUAUGUAUUUGUGCCAAAAUUAUAAAAAUAUUUGUAGUU